AUGACGGCCUCAAAGCCUAAGUCUGUCGGCUCCAUUGACAAGAAGCGAGCUCGCGAUCGACGCGCUCAACAGAAGCUCCGCGCAGAACGGUUAAAUCGCACUCACUCGCUCGAGCAACAAUGUAAAGUGUACGAAAAAGAGAUACAGGAGCUCCGGGCCGAAAAUGAAGCUCUACGGUCAGCCCAACAGCGUAUCCGAGAGAUUGUAUGUACAUCUGAGCUAAACAACCAUGAAACACUGGCGAACCGCGACGGCCGGGAACCGAAAUCCGUGGAGGUCUGCCCUGCUAUAUCACACGCCUGUUUGCACCAUGCUGCUCAUUAUCCAACAGUUUCGGGACAUCCGUCAGGUUUCUUUAGAUAUCCUCUAAAUGACUCGGUACCCCCUAUUGAAACCAUCGUUCAGUCGUCCAAUGGGACAUCGCUCUCGCCUGCCAAGUUCACCGGGUUGAAUGUUGCUAGGGAUUUAGAUUUGUCCCUUUGGAGCAGGCUUCCUCUCCAUUUAGCUCAGGAGCCGUACAAUCCUGAGAGUCUCUACUCUUGCUUUAACCGACCAGAUCUCGUGCAGGCAUCGCCCGACGAACCUUCGCCGGUGGAAAUCCUAUAUGGGUCAAGCCAGAACUUUUUAGCCGACAGAAUACAUAAGGCGAUACGAUUUUGGCCCAUUUGUGAUCCUGAACGCUUAGCAAGUGGUCUUCUGACGUACAACAUGGUAAAAUGGCUAACACGGCCUUCCCAAGGGUCUUUUGCCCGUCUGCUUGAAUUUCAAAGACCGGUAAACGACCAGCUACAGAGUCCACACCCGCGUUGCAUCGACUUCGUUAUGUGGCCAGCUCUCCGUGCGAACCUAGUCAAGACUUUCCACUUAUACGACCUCAAAAUGGUAUUCGCCGCGUUUACAUGCAGUCUUAGAAUCCGGUGGCCUUGGGGGAAGUCUUUUUUGGAGCCUGACACGGCGAAUUCAUUGCAAGUACAUAAAGAAUUCUAUGAUACUUUCACCAGAAUCGAGGGUUGGGGCCUAUCAGAUGAGUUCCGAACUCAAUACCCGGAGCUGAUGGUCGGUAUAGAUAUUGAAACUCUUUCGAUUAUUCCAUCUUUGGCUGCUUCUUAA